UACCCACUUCCGGGUUCAAUUCCGUUGCUAGGAGACGGCACCUCCAUUGCUUGACCAGUCCUUUUUUGGCUUUUCUCGGGUGAUAUCAACGCGAUGGAGAUCGUCCAUGAGUACACGAAACCCCGCAGGGACUUUGGCCGUCAGUGCCUCUUCUCCGACAGGUCAGCGGAGCUUCUUGCGGACGUUCCUCCGGAUCCGAACCUAGUGCUGCAGUUCAUACCGAAAAGCAGCAGGGUCCAGGCGCUCCAGUGCUCCCGUGACAUGUCCGAACACCAGGUGAACACAGAGAGGUUUGAAUCGGAGAGCUGUGGAAUAAACCAUGUGGAAGGGGGGUGGCCCAAAGACAUCAACCCACAAGAGAUGGAACAAACUAUUCGCUUCAGGAAGAAAGUAGAGAAGGAUGAGGGCUACUUGACCAGCAUCAUGCAGCUGGGCGGCGUUAUAGGACACUGUGUUGGACAGAACAAUGCAGUGGACAUCUAUCAGGAGUACUUUGAGAAUGACGAUCUGGAGAAUGAAAUUCAGGAACCACCAUCUGCUAAAACCAUCAACGUGUUCAGGGAUCCAAACCAGGUGAUGCGUACCGUCAGCUGUUUGUCAUGGCACCCUGAUGGAGGCCGGAAGCUGGCGGCUGCUUACUCGUGUCUGGACUUCCAGAAAGCUUCGGCGGACAUGAGCACGGAUGCGUACAUCUGGGAUAUCGAGAAUCCCAACAAACCUGAGAUGACCCUGAAGCCAGCAUCUCCACUCGUCUGUCUGGACUACAACCCCAAAGACUCACACACUCUAGUGGGCGGGAGCUACAAUGGACAGAUCGUGUUCUGGGACACCCGUAAAGGAAGCCAUCCAACUGAUGUUUCCUCUCUGGAGCAGAGUCACAGAGACCCUGUCUAUAAAACCAUAUGGUUACAAUCCAAGACCGGGACAGAAGCCUUCUCUGCCUCCACGGAUGGACAGGUUCUAUGGUGGGACGUCCGCAAGCUGAGCGAGCCCACAGAGAAACUGGUUCUGGACCUAGGUCGAGAAGGGAACCUGGACCGGGCCUUAGGAGGCAUCUCUCUGGAGUUUGAAUCUACCAUGCCGACCAAGUUCAUGGUGGGGACCGAGCAGGGCAUUGUUGUGUCCUGCAACAGGAAGGCAAAGACUCCAGCUGAGAAGAUCGUCUGUACCUAUGACGGUCACCAUGGACCUGUCUACGCUCUACAGAGAAACCCUUUCUUCCCCAAAAACUUCCUCACCGUUGGGGACUGGAGGGCUCGCAUCUGGUCCGAGGACAUCAAGGAGUCAUCCAUCAUGUGGACCAAGUACCAGAUGUCGUACCUGACAGAUGCCUGCUGGAGUCCAGUGAGACCCUCUGUCUUCUUCACCGUGAAGACGGAUGGCGUGCUGGACGUCUGGGAUGUCUUGUUCAAGCAGAACGACCCCACGCUGAGUGUCAAAGUGUGUGACCAAGCUCUGUACAGCUUGCGGGUCCAUGAGAAUGGACGUCUGCUGGCUUGUGGCUCUCAGCAGGGCGCCGCUACAAUAAUGGAGAUCUGCUCAGGACUGUCCUGCCUCCAGAAGAACGAGAAAAGCCUCAUGGCUGAGAUGUUAGAGCGUGAGGCAAAGCGUGAGAAGAUCCUGGAGGCUCGUCAGAAGGAGAUGCGAUUGAAGGAGAGGAGUCGUUCCGAGCAGAGCCGCGAAGAUGAGGCGAGCCGAGACGCGGCGGACCGAGAGGAAACACCGGAGCAGCUGAUUGCCAAAGCUGAGCAAGACUUCUUUGCUAUGGUGGAGGCUGAGAAGAGACGGCGGAAGGAAAGGGAGGAAGAAAAGCAACAGAUCAGCUCAUAGAUGGCAGUCAAAGAGAGUCCAAAGGCCAAUGGGAGAACUGUAAACAUGUCAGCUUUGCUGAGAAAUUUACUUCUAUCUUUUCUGAUAUUGUCUAUUGUCUAUUAUUGUCCAAUAUGAAUACCAUUUUUUAAUUGUUGACAUUAAUCAGUGUAGGUUUUCAUCCUUGUGAUUAACUAUACAUGGGCUUGUUAUGUAAAAGGUAGUUAGUUUUGACAUAUACAUAUCAUGAAUAUAUGAUUUAAUUUGUAUAUUUUUGUACUGUUUAAAUUAAGUGAAUUGACACCACUUGUACAGUGUAUAAUGUAGACAGGCUACAGGACCAGCAUACACCCGGGUGGACCUGGGCCUUCUUCCUGUUCCUUAUGUGC